AUGUCUCUCCCCACCACCCCCAAGCUGCCUGUGGCUGUUGAAAAGCCUACAGCCUACACCUUCGAUCUCGGCCACCUUAUGGCUGAGGACCCCAACAGCAUUAGUCUCGACAAGUCCGAUCUCGAGCAGUCUCUUGCCGAAGUUGCCCGCGAUGGUGCCCAAGUUCUGAUCAACCAGCUUCUCACAACCUGCGCCCUUACUUCCACAACCGACGGCGUCCUGCUGACGCUGCCCCAGCCUACAACUCGCCUCCCCCGCGAGAAGCCUAUUCCUCAGGUCAAGCCUCCUACCAAGUGGGAGCGCUUCGCUGCCAAGAAGGGUAUCAAGGCCAAGACAAGAGAGGCUCGCCGCAACCUUGCCUACGACGAGACCACUGGAGAAUGGACACGCAAGUGGGGAUACAAGGGCCUCAACAAGAAGGGUGAGGAUGCUCCCAUCAUGGAGGUCGACAUGGAGGCCGAGAGAACACGCAAGGAGGGAACCAGCAUUCGUGGAGACGGCCGCAGAGAACGCAAGGAGAAGAUCAAGCGCAACGAGCGCAAGAUGCGCAAGAACCAGCGCGAUGCUGCAGAGUCUCGCAAGUAA